AAUAUAUCUCCCUAUAAUUAAUAAGAUGGAAUAUAAGAUAAAAGAAUGCAGAGUUGUGCUGCACAAGCUCCCUGCUGCUGCGGCCAGGAGAGGCUGGUGGGCGGAGCAGAGCCGCACUCCAGCCGCCGCUGAGGCUGGUAGAGGCAAGGCAGAAGUUGGCGCCCCACCAGCGGACGACCAAAUUCCUCUCAAAAAAAUCAAACUUGAACCCAACUUAGAGGAAGUUUAUAUUAAAGUGGAGGCUGUCAUGCAUGAUGAGCUCGGAGAUGACAUGAUUUUAGUCAAAUGUGAUAAUGAUAGUGACAUGAUGAUGCUGGUCAAACAUGAAGGUGAUCAGGACAACAUGAUUAUGGCGGUCAAACACGAGGGCAAGCAAGACAACAUCAUGACAGUUAAACAUGAUGGCGAGCAUGACAAGAUUAUUAUGGCGGUCAAACAUGAUGGCGACCAAGAUAACAUGAUUAUGGUGGACAACAUCAAGCUGGAGGUGGAGGCUGAUGAUGUAUUAGCCAAAGAUGAACCAAUGUCCCAGGAUGAGGCAUGCAAGCCUCCCAACCCUGGUGGUGGUAGCUGGCCACCUCCUCCUCCUCCUCUGUGUGUGCCGUGCAAGAGAGAAGCGUCGAGUGAGGGGCCUGAUGUCCAUAGUACCUAUGAUACCAAUGGUGUCCUUGAUGCCCACAGUGCCUCUGAACAACCCUUGCUCAUGAAGAGCUUGAGGAUAGCACAAAGUUCCUCCCCACACUCCCCCAUCACCUCCAAACACUCCCCCAACACCUCCAAACACUCCUGCACCUCCUCCCGACAUUCUCCCAUCACCUCCUCCAAUUAUUUCUCUAUCACCUCCACCCAACAUUCCCCCAUCACCUCCUUCAAACACUCCCACAUCACUUCCUCCCAACGUUACUGCAUCACCACCUCCCGACAUUCUCCCAUCACCUCCAAACAUUCCUCUAUCACCUCCGCCCAAAAUUCCUCCAUCACCUCCGCCCAACACUCUGCGGUCACCUCCUCCCAACAUUCCCCCAUCACCUCCGCCCAACUCUCCCCCAUCACCCUAACCCUAAGAAAAGUCCAGGUAUUUCACCGCCAUCAUCAGUCAACAUCCCAGCGCAUGAGGAAGCCCCGAGAGCUCCAGCAGAUGAUUGAGGCCGAGGACUAUGAAGAGGCCAUCACACACGUCACGACCAAAUGUCGGAGCAUCAGCCUCCCUCGUCUGCUGGAGGAGGGGGCCCGAGGGCACGGUGUGGAGGGACCUAAGGGACCAAAACGGCCAAGAGGGCGGCCAAAGGGACGGAAAGGGUCACAGAAGGGACCAAAACGGCCAAAAGGGCGGCCAAAGGGACGGAAAGGGUCACAGAAGGGGCUAAAUGGACAGGAGGAGCGGGUGCUCUACGGACUCAUCGUCUCUAUUAAAAAGCCGAAGCAAGAAGCAGCAAAAGUUGAAUACAAACUGCGAGGCAAGACAUACAGCUCAUACAGCAGGCUGCUGCUGCUCAGGGAGAAGUUCUCGGGCCGGUCCUUCUACGUGGUCGCCGCCUCCCUGGACGAGGCCUUCCACCUGCUGCGGUGGCCCGGGACCGCGUACCUGGGCUCGUGGGUCGCGGUCUACGGGCCCCAGACCGCGGGCCUCCUGCAGGGCGUGCCCCUGGUGACGACGAACACGUCCCUGGUGCCCGUCACGGUCCCCAGCGACGCGUGUCUGACGACGGGGGAGCUCCAGGACGUCACCCAGCGGGACCCCGUCAGGACCUUCCUCUACGUCGUGCCUGCUGGGGACCUGCGGCUUAGAGACCUCAGCCUGCGGCCUGCGUGUACCUCCAUCAUGUGCGACUCCCUACAUAUGGCGGCACACGGCGGCCAUGUGGAGGCCCACGGCGAUCAUAUGGCGGACUCUAGCCUCCAUAUGGCGGCCCACGGCGGCCAUGUGGAGGCCCACGGCGAUCAUAUGGCGGACUCUAGCGGCCACAUGGCGUCCCUCAGCGACCACAUGGCGACCCCCAGCGUCCACAUGGGGGCCUCUAGCGACCACAUGGCGGACCCCAGCGACCACAUGGCGGACACUAGCCUCCAUAUGACGACCCACAGCGACCACUUGACGGACACUAGCCUCCGCAUGGCGGCCCCCAGCGACCACAUGGCGUCCCCCAGCGACCACAUGGCGUCCCCCAGCGACCACAUGGCGUCCCCCGGUGCCACCAGAUGUCCCGCCCUCUACGGGGCGCGUCUGGGACGCCGGACGUUGAGCUGCGACGUGAGCGUCCCAGGCCGCGGCAUCAAGGACUGCCCUUACAGCAGCGAGACCUUGGCCGCCAUCUUGGUCCCCGAGUCCGUCCUUGAGUCCCCUAGCCAGGACCAGGCGCGGCUGGGGGCGGCGGUGGCUGAGGUCCUCCAGCAGCUCGCGGCCGCGGGGGCAGAGGUCCUGAUCGCUGGCUGGUACAAGCGCUGCAUCCUGCAGGGGGCGGCCGGGGGGCGCUGCAUCCUGCAGGGGGCGGCCGGGGGGCGCUCCAUCCUGCAGGGGGCGGCCGGGGGGCGCCAGCUGCACCUCACGCUGGGGCAUCAGGCGUCACCCCUGUCACCCNCCUGA